GUAAGAAUCAGUAGGGAUAAAAAUAGUUUUUUAAUGAAAAGAGAAAGGAUUUUGUGGGACAAAGAAAAAAAGAAAAGAGAAAGAGUUUGUGGGAUGAAGGGAGUAUACUAUGAAGUAUUUUUUUAUUUAAUUUUAAAAAUGUUGCGGUUUGAUAUGAAUUUAUUAGAAUGCGACCCCAUGGUUCAAAAGUUUUGGGUCCGCCACUGCUUGUUUGUCCAGAUUUACUUGUUUACUUUCUUAUUCUUGUUCCUCCCGAAUUAAUUCUCCAUUUUUAAUAUUUAAUAAUCGAAUAAUGUUGAAUUAUAGAAAAUAUAGCCAUCUAAAACAAUUUUAACUUAAAUGAGUGACAACCCUCACCCUCCUUUAAAGAUUAGUACUUAGAUAAUUUUGCAAGUAAAUCCGGAUGGAGGGAGUGGUUUGGAUGGAUCAGAAAAUGAAUUAUUGAUAUUAUUUGACAGUUUAAAAUUUUUAAUGCAGAACAAUGUUUUAUAUACUAUUGAUUUCUGCAGUAUUUGUUUGUGGCCAUUUGGCGAAUUUUGAAAUCUCUAGUGGUUUGUUUUUGGCCAUUUGGUGAGUUUUGAACAUUACUAGUGUCAAAUUGAUGUUUAGAUUACUUGCACUAAGCAAAUGCAACAAAUGUACUUGUUCUCAAAUUUCAGCAAGGUGCAGAUAGGCAGCUCUGGUUUGCAUCCAGGCAGAGUCUGAGCUACUUGGAUGGCAGCCUCCCCGGAGACUAUGGGUUUGACCCACUGGGACUCUCAGACCCUGAAGGUCAAGGAGGUUUCAUGGAGCCAAAAUGGCUAGCAUACGGAGAGGUCAUCAACGGUCGCUAUGCCAUGUUAGGGGCAGCGGGGGCCAUAGCACCAGAAAUUCUGGGGAAGGCCGGUCUUAUCCCAGCUGAAACCGCCCUCCCAUGGUUCCAAUCCGGAGUCAUCCCACCUGCAGGAGCAUACAACUACUGGGCUGAUCCGUACACGCUGUUUGUGUUUGAGUUGGCCCUGAUGGGGUUCGCGGAGCACAGGAGAUACCAAGACUGGGCAAACCCCGGGUCCAUGGGAAAACAGUACUUCUUGGGGUUGGAGAAGGGGCUGGGAGGGUCGGGCGACCCGGCCUACCCUGGUGGCCCCAUCUUCAACCCACUGGGGUUCGGGAAAGAUGUGAAGUCUAUGAAGGAGUUGAAGGUGAAGGAGAUCAAGAAUGGGAGGCUGGCCAUGUUGGCUGUCUUGGGCUACUUCAUCCAGGCUAUGGUCACUGGAGUUGGACCUUUCCAGAACCUUCUGGAUCAUUUGGCUGAUCCUGUCAACAAUAACCUCUUCACCAACCUCAAAUUACACUGAACUUAAUUGAUAAUUAGUACUCCGUACUUAUCAUGUGUAUAUGGUUAGUUGUGUGACUUUGAACACCCCUUUAUUCCUCUCCCGGUUCUUGUUGGAGCUUUCUGUAUCAGUCUUUUAUUGGACAAAAAAAAAAGAUGAUAAGCGAGUUUUGGAAGACAAAAUGAUAUCCCCUCCCUCCCAUAAAGGUUUUCCUAUUAU